AUGUCCAACCUAGUCACGGAGUGCGAACAACUCGUUAAUAAGGGCAUUCCGAACGAGUUUAACGAGGCCGACGCGACAAUCAUCGGUGAAGCACCAGCUAAAUUUGUCGAAUGGGGCUCCGUGUCGCUCUGGGGCCAACACACAGGCACGGGCGGUAAGAGCAUCAACCUUAGGGUGCCGGGCAUUAUGGCGUGGCUCAAGACUCUAGCCGCAAGUGGUACGGGACCUGCUGGCGAGUAUAAUGGUAUUACGUACAAGUUUAUUAGCAACAAAGACUCCGGCGCGACUAGCCCAGUCUCAAUCCUCUAA